UUCAUGCGCUUAGUUUCGCGCCGGGUGCCACGACAGUCGCAUCGAGUCGAGUUCGCGCGCGCGUGCGUGCAUUUUUGAAAAAAAAAAAAAAAAAACCGAGAAAACCCAGGAAAAGACUUUACAGCCGCACCUUAUCUGCUCGAUAAGACGAUAGGACAGGCGGAAGGAUGGACUGAGAGGCGAAUUUUGUGACUGAAAGCAGAGUACGUCAGGUACGACGAGUUCGCGCGCCAAAGUUCUACCUCGCAAAGUGUGAGAACGUCCACGUAUCCGGGAUCCUUGUUCUCUCAAAAGACAAAAAGUUCGCGGACAGAGGGAAAAACGGAAGAGAGGAAAGGCAAGAGGUAUCAGCGAAGGUCGCUCGAUCCGAUCAAUCUGCUCGCGCCCCCCUACCUCUCCCUCCACCCAGCCGUUUACUCACUCACUCAUCCGCCCAUCGAGCAAAACUCCACGAACGCUACAAUGUGCUGUGUGUGUGAUGUACGGUGCAGUGUGUUGGUGCUAACUUAGUGAUAACGAUAUCCCCUCCUCCGCCGCGUCUACAUCUGCGGAACCUACAAGCUAGUCGUCCUGUUAUCUCGACCGGGGAUUGCCGCCGGGAGAUAAGGACGGAGGCCAGGCAGUUUCUUUCGCUCAGCAAGUCAGACCAAGAUUACCUAUGAUCCCACUGGGCGUCGCGAGGACGACGGAAAAGGAAGAGAGGCGCUUCUGGCGGUAUUCCUAAUCUUCCUCCCCGACCUGCCGCCCGUACUCUCUCUCUGCACUCCGCUUUCCAUCCCUCUUUCCUCCCUCUUCUCACGCCUCUUCUUCCCGCUGUUGCUCCUCCGUCUGCUCGUUCUUCGACGAGCGAUCGCGACGCACCGAGAAGAUCUCAUUGGACACGAUGGAUAUGAGCAGCGAGUCGAGCACUAGGACGUGGUACGAGUCGCCUAGGUUGGAUGCGCCUUCGGGGGGUACCGGCGUAGCCGGAGUGGUCGGCAACGAUUACAGGGGUUACUACCCUCAUGCCGGACCGACAGCGCAUCACCCCGCAGCGGCCCACUACGCCCACACGAGGAUGUCGAGCAGCGGCGUGUCGAGCGCUCCAGUGAGCCAGGUCUGCCGGCCGCACUUCCACGGCUCAGUACUCCAUCCGUGGCUGUCCAGCAGCAGCGCGGACACCUCGAAGACGCCCUGGGGAUUCCCCGCGACGACGACGACCACGGGCGGCUCUGUGAACGACGAGAAGCCACAGAGUCCCCUGGGAUCCACGCUGCCGCCCACCAGUGGAAGUUUGUCGAGUCACGGUGGCGGCGGCCACCACCUCUUCUCCUUUCCGCCGACACCGCCCAAGGACGCUACGCCCGACAGUAUAACCGCCAGCACGACUUCCAGCACGAACAACAACUCUACGAGCGCCAACAACAACAACAGCGGCAAUCCUCUCUCCGGGUUGAGCGGUGGUACCACCAGUGAGUACCAAGCGGCGGUCGCUCACGCGGCGGUGAUGGGCGCGUUCAUGCAUCACGACGCGCUGGGAGCAUCCGGCGCCAGCUCGUGCGACAUCAAGCCGACGGUGAUGCUCGGCCAUCAUCACGGGGCGCCUUCGCCGCCGCAUCAGCAACACAAUGGCUCCAACAACGGUAGCAACGGUCACGCCGGCACGAACGGCUCGUCCGCCGGCCAGGUGAAACAGCGAGAAGGUAAUAACCAAUCUGGCAAUGUGACGGGCAGCCAACAGGCGAGUGCCACGCAACAGCAGCAACAACAGCAACAGGACGCGUAUCAGAGCAACAACGGGGUGCCGGCCGGCGGCGGCGGUGGUGGCGGUGGUGGUGGCGGCGGCGGCGGCGGCGGCGGUGGUGGUGGCGGCAGUGGCAGUGGCGGCGGUGGCGGCGGCGGCGGCGGCGCGGCCUCGCCCUGUAGAGACAGUUACGCGGCCGCGACCGCGGCUGCCGUCGCAGCGGCGGCGGCCAACAGCCACCAUGCCACUUCCGGCUCGCAGUACGACCCGGCCGCGAGCGCGUACAAUAUGUACCAGCACCUGCAGUAUCCCACCACCCACCAUCACCAUCAUCAUCAUCACGGCGCCACCUCGUCUACCGCCGCGUCGUCCCACAAUCCGCACAAUGGCAGUUCAGCCGCGGUCGCCGGUAUUUUCGGUCACCAUGCCGGCGGUGCCGGCGCCGGUAACGCAACCGGCGGCUUAACCGGCGGCCUACCCGGCGGCGCCGACUCGAAGCUGCUGGUCGGUCACGCGGCCGCGCACGGGAACACGCCGGGCUCGCCCUCCGCGCAGCAACAGCAGCAGCAAAAGCCGAGGAACAAGUCGAGGACGUCCGCCGAGGGUCGCGAGUGCGUGAAUUGCGGCGCCACGUCGACACCCCUUUGGAGACGAGACGGCACUGGCCACUACCUCUGCAACGCUUGCGGGCUUUAUUACAAGAUGAACGGUCAGAAUCGACCCCUCAUCAAGCCGAAACGACGCCUGUCGCUGCAGAGUGCGGCGAGACGGGCGGGCACCAGCUGCGCCAACUGCAAGACGGCGACCACGACUCUCUGGCGGAGAAACCAGGCCGGCGAGCCAGUCUGCAACGCUUGCGGGCUCUACUACAAGUUGCACAACGUGAACCGACCGCUGACGAUGAAGAAGGAGGGCAUCCAAACGAGAAACAGGAAGCUCUCGUCGAAAAGCAAGAAGAAGAAGGCCGGCGGCUGCCUAGGCCUCGGUGGUGUUAUGGGCGACAUGAUCAAGGCCAGUGGACACCUUGAUCUCGACAACAAGCCCUUCCACUCAGGAUUCGGAUCGCCAAUGGGUACGUCGCAGCAUCAUCACACGAUGCAUCCGGCGAUGCAGCAUUACAUGUAUCACACGGGUGUCGGCGUGGCCGGAGGUCUUCAUCAAGGAUUUGCGCCACCGGCGCCGCCCCCCAUCCACCCGCACUCGCAUUCGCAUUCCCAUUCUCAUCACAUGACGAGUCUUCAGGGUCUGCAGCUGGCGGCUACGACGAACGCAAUGACCGGCUGGCGAUCGGAGUACACAUGAAUCGUGAGUGACUAGCAGCUCAGGACGCAGCCCACCACUGUCUCGUUGUAAUGUAAAAAGAAAGGAAAAAAAACCCAGAAAAAAAAAGAAAAACUAAACACAGAAAGCGCUCCUCUUCUCUUUCUCGCACGCGGGCCUCCUCGAGCCAUGGGGCCACGAUCGAUCACUGACGACACGAAAAUCCCGACACGCGGGAUCCCGGGGACUCACGGUCCCUGUGCACUCACUGACGGCCGUGAGAGCGCCUGUCGGAUCUCUCUCAAGUGAAAGCUCAUGUAAAUAUGUAAAGUUUUAUGUAGGGCCAUCGAGCCCCGGCCCCAAGUACAAAGGAAAAAUCAGCUACUGUAUUGAGUCUUAUAUAUGAUAUAUAGCAUGUAAAUAAAUACAUAGAUACAAGAAUUUAUAUAUUAUGUGCGCGCGUACGAGCGAAUGUACGUCUGUGUGUGAGCGAGUGCAUCGGGGAAGGGUGGAUGCGCGUGUGCUUGUGAUGACCUGAUGUUUUAGGUGACUCCUCGGAGGAUUCUGGGCGAACGAAUUAGAAUGCCGGGAUCGUCGCGCGGGACCAUAAUACGCGUUACGGUCCUCCCGCGCGACGAUCGACGGCGACGGCGACGGUGCGGUGCGGCGUGGCGCCGCGGGGAGAUCCGCCGGAUCGCGCUUCGCGCCCAAAAUCGCUUUCCGAGUGCGAAGAGUCGAAGGCGUGGGAGUGCUGCCGCGAGUGCGCGCGGGGUUCCGGAAUACACGCGCGUUCCAUGCUACGCACGGAAGUCGACGCGGUAUCGUGCAAUUUCGAGAGAGAGAGAAACGUUUAUUGGCGGGCGUUCGUAACUCGGUGCGGGAUCGUUUGGACGUACCCUCAGAGAUCCUCGCCGUCGGUCGGUCGCGCCACGCCGCGCCGCGCCGCGCCGCGCGCUCGCGUGUCGCUUCGCCGUGAGACUUUCCGAGACUCCCCGUCGAAGCCCCGUGUCGUUUCGGCCGCAAUUAAACGGAACGGCAAUUAGCAGUCUCGCAAACGGUAAUUUACGAAGCUCGCUAUAUCCUACGCUGACUCUUUCGAAAGAGAGAACGUCGAAGCGUUCUCUCUUUUCACAGAGCGACCACUACUUUUCACUAUGUAGCAAUCUAGUUCGUUAAAAGGAAAAAAAAAUUGAUGUUUCUCCCUCCGGCGUUUUUUAUUCGAGUAGACACGCGCAGCAAUAAUCGGAGGCACUUCGAUCGCUCGCUCAGUGCCCGUUUUUUGGGGAACAUUGUUUUUAAGGAACACGAUAUAUGGUUACAGCCAAUUGCACGCGGAAUUCAGUAUCUCUUUCCAAAGAAGAGUCGAUCGAGCCACGGCCGAGAAGCACAAUUAAUUUCCCAGGAAUUGAAAUGCCUUUUCACGAUAUCUCGAGGUGAAUUGAACCUCGAUCGCGGAUUAUAAAUACCGGUAGUUUCCGAAAUCGAGCUUUUUCUUUUUUUUUUCUUCUUCUUCUUCUUUCCUUAGAACUUUUGAUUGUACCUUGCCUCUGUCUGUCCACUGUCGGCGUCCAUUGGUCCAGCACCGUUCUGUGUGUCGUACCGGUUAGUGAUAGUUCACAUAAGUGUAAUAAAAGCGCAUAGAAGGUAAAUUCGUAAAUUAUAUACGAGAGGCCUCCGACGAUCGCGAUCGAGCGGGCCGACCCGACGCGUCUCGAUGCGAUCGCCGGAUCGCACGAGCGUUUAGCUUCAUAAUUUAGUCACGGCGGAUACGAAGGAUCCACACACAUACACACACACACACACACACACACACACACACACAUAUGCGCUCACACAUGUACAUUCAGACACGUAUACGUACACCGAACAGCAACAGUCGGCGCAAAAAACACGAGAAACACGCGACUAAAGGCAAGUGUAAAUUUUGUAUCUUCGAAAUUGUGUAUCGUUAUUGUAAUGAUAUAGUAUAUAUAUAAUAUAUUAUAUAUAUUAUAUGUAUAUUAUAUAAUAUAUAUAUAUUAUAUAUAUAUGCAAAUGUGAAGAAAAUAAAAUAUAUGUAUUAUAAAUAUAUAUUGGAUCACGCGGACGGGCGACCGUCGCGCGCAUUAAGUGAUUGUGCAUAAUUAGCAACUAAUUGCGCAUCAUAAACAACCAUGCAUAUAAAUAGUCAACAGGAUAUAAUUGAAGACUCAUCGGCGAGUGAACACGAGAUGUCGCACGAGAGGUGAGACACCGGGUGAUCAUUAGCAUUGUCAUUAUCGCUAUCGGUCAUCAUCGAUCGAUUGUCCAUUGAUUGAUCGCUAACUCGUGAGAGACACGCUCGCUUGGGUUCCGAACACAUUGUGAUUUUUCGAUUUUAGAGGUUUUACCACUCGCGUAUGUUUUUUGCGACUAAUUAGACGUACAUAGGUAAUACGAAGGGUGAGAGGGGAAGAGAGUCGAAAAGGGAAGGGGGAGAGGGGUAGACAGACGACGAUAGAUUCGUGAUUUCGGGAGGAAUCGCGCGGAUACCUUUUCCUCCCGCCGCGACGUAUAAAAAAACGUAGCGAGCAGGGCGGUAAGCCCUACGGGAUUCCACGGGGGGAGGGGGGAUGACGACGAUGGUGGCGGCGAUUUUCCAAAAGACUGAGGGAACGAAAGCAAAAGUCGGUAUCGACGGUCAUUUUCGUGCGAGGUCUUCACGCGUCCAGAUGGGUAAUGAAAAAAAGGGGGCCGUGGAAGAAGGAGAGGAAGGAAGCAUCUAUUAAAUAGUAUUAUUAGGAAGUAGCGUGUAGCCUGUGUAAAAACAAAAAAAAAAUAUAUAUAUAUAUGAUUUUUAAGAGAGGGGUCGAUCGCAUCCGCACAAACGCGCGAACAGGAGGUUAAAAAGGUUUGGCGAAAUUAGGGAUGCGCACCGAGACGACGGGAGAGAGAACCUUGAGGGGAGAAAAGGGGGAAAGAGACGAAAGGGCGGAGCGAUCCUUUCGCACGUGACGGGCGUGCGGCGAGGAUGUUUAUUGGAUGUAAAAAGUGACACAUUGUAAGAUACCAUUGUAAAAAGAGGUUUUAACUUAAAAUAAAUUAAAUGAUAAAUCACGCAUACACACCGACCAAUCUUUAAUCGAA